AUGAGCACACACAUCUCCCGUCCUUCUCAGGCUGUCCCCAGUCAGAUCUUCCACCCCUACCCUGCAGCUGGUCUCUAGUUCUAGUCUACACUACAACCACUACAGUACCGGGCAGGUCUAGUCAGGUCCACAGCCAAAAAGGCCCAUCAUGCCAAACAUUCCCACCCCUGCGGUUCCUACUCUCAAGUUCCCUUUAUAUUGACAAGACUAUUCCCUCCUUCGACACUUCCUCUCCCCAGAUGUCUAAGGGGUCAAACACGCUUCUUGACGAUCUCCUCCUCUGGAUUGCUGUAUAACUAGAGGAAAUCACCUCCAUUGCUUUCCCCUUGUGACCCCUCGUCCACUCAUUGUUUUGUUUCAUUCCGUCUUUGCUACUUUGGACAACCAGCCAACCAGUCUACAUACAUAUUCAUCAUUAUCAACAUGGUCACCCACGCACUCUCCAUGUGCGACCUGCAUCUGGACAUGGACCACCACCACCACGACGCUGGCUUUCUCGACUACCCGCCUUCUGCUUUCACCGGUAUCAGGUCUUCCUACUCCUUUGCCUCCAACGGCCCGUUCACGCCAUCAUCCGGCUCGUCCACGCCUGCUCGCCACAACUCAAUGGACUUCGGCCCGUCGUCUUUUGCCCCUCCGGUGGACAAUGUCUUCACCCCGCCGCCUUCUUCCGUGUCUGCCUACUUUCCACUCAACAUGAAAGCUGGAGAUGGCUCCGAUUUAUUCGCACCCGGAAUGCCUCUCACACCUUCUCGAACCCAAGUCAACAACAACGUUCACCCAAUGCAAUACUACAACGAUGUCGCAACCCAUUUCACAUCACCUCAGCAGAUGGACUACUACACAUUCCACAAUGGCUUGGCUCCCUCACCUCUCGCUCCCAGCCCUGCUGUACAGGCGAUCCAGCCUGGCAACACGUACGAUGCGUGGUCUGUCUGGGAACAAGCGGAAAGCCCCAUCUUCAGCAAAUUUCUCUCGCCAUCGUCAAGCUCUUGCCGGUCAGUCUCAAGAGUAAAACAAGAAGGCGACAUGUCUCCCAUGUCGGCCGGUGGACACUCGUAUCCUUCGCCCACAGAAAAGAGACAGCUUUAUGUCGAAGAGGCUCGGCAAAAAACCACAGCUCUCCAAAUGGUCCAACGCGAUGCCCCUUUGGCUCCCCGCCCCUCCAUGCACAUAAACGGAGAAGGCAAGCCAGAGCACGAAUCACACAACCCAUACGGGCCCGGGUCGAUACUCAUUGAUCCCAUUCAGAGGGUCUCUGCCGGAACCAACAUCUGCGACUACCCAGGCUGUGGGAAAACAUACAGGCGAUCGGAGCAUCUCAAGAGGCACAAGACAAAUGCUCACUCGGAAGUCCCAGUAUGGUAUCCCUGCAGCUUCUGCGACAAGAAGUUCAACCGACCGGAUAACAGAAGACAACAUCUCGGGCUCCACGCCAAGCCACGGCCCACCAAGAUGAAGGGCGUCAAAUAUGCUCCCAAGGCCAAGGCUGCUCUGGAAGAGGAGCUGAAGAACAUUCCUCGACGGAACAAGAAGCCCAAAUCAGAGCAUCACGCCUAGGCUGCUUGCAUCAACCUGCCAGGCGUUUGGGGUCUUUUUAUUUCUGAUUAAUUUCUUCCUUCUCUUCUUCUUUUCUCUUUGUUCUUUCUUUUCUUUUUCUUUUACUACUUUUUGGUGCUGCUGUUUUGCUUUUACUUUUCACGCAGCAAUUUGUUUCAUUAUCG